GCACCCCCACCUUCCCACCACCCCACAGCCAUGCAGGGCGCCUGGGUGCUGCUGCUGCUGGGCCUGAGGCUACAGUUCUCCCUCGGCGUCAUCCCAGCUGAGGAGGAAGACCCAGCCUUCUGGAACCGCCAGGCAGCCGAGACCCUGGAUGCCGCCCAAAAGCUGCAGCCCAUCCAGACAACAGCCAAGAACCUCAUUCUCUUCUUAGGGGACGGGAUGGGGAUGCCCACAGUGACAGCUGCUCGGAUCCUCAAGGGACAGAUGAAUGGCAAGCUGGGACCCGAGACCCCCCUGGCCAUGGACCAGUUCCCAUACACGGCUCUGGCCAAGACAUACAAUGUGGACAGACAAGUGCCAGACAGCGCAGGCACGGCCACGGCCUACCUGUGCGGGGUCAAGGCCAACUACCAGACCAUUGGUGUGAGUGCGGCAGCCCGGUAUAACCAGUGCAACACAACAGGCGGCAAUGAGGUCAGCUCUGUGCUGCAACGGGCCAAGAACGCAGGGAAGUCAGUGGGCGUAGUGACCACGACCAGGGUGCAGCACGCCUCCCCAGCCGGCACCUACGCACACGUGGUGAACCGUGAGUGGUACUCGGAUGCGGACAUGCCCCCCGAGGCUCUGGAGGAGGGCUGCCAGGACAUCGCCGCGCAGCUCCUCUCCAACGUGGACAUCGACGUGGUCCUGGGUGGAGGCCGCAAGUACAUGUUUCCCAACGGGACCCCUGACCCCGAGUACCCUGGAGAGGCGGCGCAGAGCGGGGUCAGGCUGGACAAGAGGAACCUGGUUCAGGAAUGGCAGGCCAUGCACCAGGCUGGCCAGUAUGUGUGGAACCGGACGGCGCUCAUCCAGGCUUCCCAGGACGCCUCCGUGACUCACCUCAUGGGCCUCUUUGAGCCAGGGGACAUGACGUACGAGGUCUACCGAGACUCUGUGCAGGACCCGAGCCUGACGGAGAUGACGGAGGCGGCCUUGCGCGUGCUGAGCAGGAACCCCCGCGGCUUCUACCUCUUCGUGGAGGGGGGUCGCAUCGACCAUGGUCACCAUGCAGGCAGAGCUUAUCUGGCACUCAAUGAGGCCGUCAGUUUUGAUGACGCCAUCAGCAAGGCCGGCCAGCUCACAAGCGAGAAGGACACACUGACCCUCGUCACUGCUGACCACUCUCACGUCUUCACUUUUGGUGGCUAUACUCUGCGUGGCAGCUCCAUUUUCGGUCUGGCUCCUUCCAGGGCCGCAGACGGCAAGAGCUACACCUCCAUCCUUUAUGGCAAUGGCCCCGGCUUCGCCCUCAGCGAGGGCCUCCGGCCCAACGUCAGCGACAGCGAGAGUGGGGACCCCGAGUACAAGCAGCAGGCGGCCGUGCCCCUGACGUCCGAGACCCACGGGGGCGAGGACGUGGCGGUGUUCGCGCGCGGCCCGCAGGCGCACCUGGUGCGCGGCGUGCGGGAGCAGCACUUCGUGGCGCACAUCAUGGCCUUCGCCGCCUGCCUGGAGCCCUACACGGCCUGCGGCCUGAGCGGUGCGGCGGGCCCCGGGCUGUCUGGCGGCCCGUCGCUGGUCCUGCUGGCUGGGGCGCUGCUGCGGCUGCUGCUGGGGACCGUGUUGCCCUGAAUGCUUCUGGCCUCCACCAGGACCCCCGGACACCCGUCCCAGAUGCCCUACUCCAGUACUGGGUCACUUCCCACUAGUACUGGGUCCCCCCCAACACCCACUGAAAGUCUCCAGCCCCAGACCUCAGCGUCUUGACCUUCCCCUGCUGGCAAUAAAUGAGCUCAGCGCUACCCCCUCCUACAUCCCACCUCGGGAAGUGGCCAGAUGUGGGGCAUCCAUGAGGUGGCUUUCCUGAAGCAGGGAGGAUCUCCUGGGCUGCUCUGGACUCCAGCCCCCAACCGUGGCUGCCCAGGAAAGCCUCCUAGCACCUUGGGACCUGAGGCCUCUGGCACAUGGGUGGGGUGGGGGGCUCUCUGUGGUCCUGCAACUGGUCCUGUGUGAGCCUCUGGCCCAGGAAGCUGCUGUGGCUACUGCCUUUGAGAUGUUGACAUAAAGCCCAGGUCUGCCCCUUCGAUGCGCCCGGCGGUACCAUUACACAGAGCAGAUGGGGGCACAGGACGGAGAAGAGGCUUGUCCCCAGUCAGUGGGCUACUGAGAGAGAACCAAGGAACCACGGGGAAGCCGAGGGGCAGAUGGGGGGCCCAGAG